AUGUAUCUGUUCAUCGAAGCUGGUCUGCGAGGAGGAAUCGUUCAAUGUGCCAUUCGUAACACGAGGGCUAACGUGCCAGGAACCGAAUGUUUCGAUCCGAAAACGGCGGUUUCUCAAAUUUUAGACCUCGACGUGAACGGCUUGUACGCUUCCACCAUGCGACAAUCCCUUCCAUGCGCCGAGUUUCGCUGGCUAGACCGCGAGGAAAUCGACGCUCUCCACUUCCAGCAGGUUCCCGACGACGCGCCCGAGGGUUACAUUUUAGAGGUGGACCUUGACUACCCUCGGGAACUACACGAUUCGCACGCGGACUUUCCCCUGGCUCCCGAGAAACGAGGAGUCCCGCUCGAAUGGCUCUCACCCUGUCAAAAGGCGCUCGUCGAAAAAUUUCACCUACCCCAGCGAGAGUCUGAGCGAAAACUGCUUCUCACCUUUUACCCGAAACGCAAUUACAUUAUCCACUACCGAAAUCUCAAGCUGUAUCUGGAGUUGGGCUCACAGCUAAAGGCCAUUCAUCGCGUUUUAAAGUUUUCGCAGAGUGCAUUCCUUAAAGAUUUCAUCGACUUUAACCACAACCUCCGAAAACAGGCGACUAAUGCUUUUCAAAAGAACCUAUCUAAACUCAUAAUGAAUUCAAUUUAUGGCAAGACAAUCGAAAACCCACGUCAGUACAACAACGUUGUCAUUAGCGUGAGCGAGGACGAAGUGCUCAAAAACCUGCAGAAGCCUAACCUCAGACAGUUUGCGGCAAUUAGCCCGACCGUGGUGAUCUUUCAGUUUUCCCAGAGAACGCUACACUUGAACAAACCCGUGUACGCGGGUUUCUCUAUCCUAGAGAUGUCCAAACUGGUCAUCUACGAAUUUUUCUGCAAGCAGGACAGGCGCAUUUUCCCCGACGCUCGCGCAGCGUACAGCGACACGGACUCGUUCAUCCUCCAAAUCACCAACCCGGAUGUGGACUCGAAGCUCGCGACCCUUGCCGAAACUCACCUGGAUACUUCUGGCUACCCGGGCGAUCACCCCUUGUUCUCUCCCGCAAACAAAAUGAAACUAGGAGUGUUCAAAAACGAGCUCCCAAAAGAUCACAUUCUUGGAUUUGUUUGUCUGAAACCCAAACUCUAUUCGAUGGAACUAGCCUCCCGAGAGCACUACGUGAGGGCGAAAGGAGUGAAAAGGUGCGAGUCCCGUAAGCUAACCUACGAGCUGUACGUUCAAACUCUCGAGCAACAAACUCUGCACAAGAUCACGCAGCGGACUAUCGCACGUAAGUUGUGCGAGAACAAGACUGUUGUCGUGAAGAAGAUUGGACUCAACCCGUUUGACAACAAGCGCUUCAUCGACUCUGACGGCGUUUCAACUCUUCCUUUCGGACAUUGGAGCCUCUUGUGA